AUGGACUUCAUCGGGCAAGUUCAUCCAGCUUCUAACAAGGGACACACUUUCAUAAUUGUGGCAAUGGAUUACUUCACCAAGUGGGUAGAAUCAUCAGCAGUAAAAACCAUAACCUCAGCUACUGUUAAAAAGUUCAUUGAAACCAAGAUCUUACACAUAUUUGAAGUACCCGAGAUAAUUGUCACAGACCACGUGCUAUCUUUUAUUUCAAAAGAGGUAGAAGAGUUCGCGAAGAAGUGGCACGAGAAGCUGGGAGAUACAUUGUGGGCUUGUAGAACUUCCAAGAGGGCAGGAACUGGGACUACACCUUACUCUCUGACUUUCGGGCAAGAUGCUGUUAUUCCCAUGGAAAUCAAUGUAAGUUCGGUCAGAAUUCAAAAUCAAUAUGAGCUCCACAGUGAAGAGUAUAUUCAGGCUAUGUGUCAAGGAAUUGAGGACCUUGAUAUAGCCCGAAUUGAAGCUCUAAAUAAAAUUCAAGAAGGAAAGAGAGUUGUUGCUUAA